CCUGCAGUAAAACAGGGCAGAGACGGAGGGAGGAGCUGAGUGUGACCGUCAGGGCAGGAUUCAAAGUCUGAUGCUAAUAAACCCCUUCUGCUUGAGCCUGUGAGAAUUUCCUGGUGAGGCUUGGAGUCACCCACAGUUGGACGGAGGAGAGCAGUUGUGGUGACAGACAUCUUCGUUAUCAUGGCAGCACCAGCCAAUGGAGUGCUUGUGUUCAUGCCCCCAAACAGCGCUGGUUUCAUCCACCAAGGCCAGGGGGCCUCUGGUGCCAUUUCCCAGAUUCCUGAGAUGGUGCAAUGUGGGCCUCAGCAGUUUACAGUCAUGAACCCUAGGAACCAACUUCUUGGGUCAAUGUACCCCAUGAGUCCCACUGAGCAGGUUGCGCAGCUGAAGAAAGUAGGGAUGAUGGAGAUAUUCCUCAAAGCACAGCCCAAGGCCCUGGGGGCCAUCCAGAUCCUGAUUGGGCUGAUGCACAUUGGCUUUGGGGGUGUGGCUGCAGUUUUUGUCGGAUAUUACAUGUACGUUUCCAUCUCUGUUAUUGGAGGAUACCCCUUCUGGGGAGGACUUUUUUUCGUCAUUUCUGGAUCCCUCUCGGUUGCAGCUGAGAAUCAUCGCAACACCUGUUUGGUGAGAGGCAGCCUGGGAAUGAACAUCACUAGCGCCAUCUUCUCAGCCAUUGGGAUCAUUCUCUUCCUAACGGAGCUGAUUAUUAAUGCAUCAGAUUAUGGGCACAACUAUGAGGAUGCCGUGAAGGGGAUCACGGUCAUGCUGUUCUUGAUGACCAUCCUGGAGUUCUCUGUCGCCGUCUCAACCUCGUACUUUGCAUGCCGAGCCAUCUGCUAUACCCCCAACACCGCCAUGUUGUUCAUGCCAUAUGCUGCCAAUGCAAACUUUGGGGUUCCUUCUGUACCAAUGGCCUCUCCACCACGUUACACCAAUCUGGCUUAUGACCCCAAAGAAGAGACCGAGCAAGGGGCCUCAUAAAGAACUCCGACGAGAGAUGGCUCCAGCAGCAACUCCUCUGAGAUGUAAAACUUAACCUCGUCCUGCAUGAUAGAUUGCAAUCCAUUUCCUGAGUGCAGUUCUAGAACCCAGCUCUGUCACUCAUCACAGAGAGAACUCGUUUCAAUCAGCUUCUCCCUGGCUCUGCACCAUUCAUUGAAUUCACAUUAUUCAAUGAAAUAAGGUGAUGACUCACCAGCACUAUCCAGCCACCUGAGGCUUUGGUCCUGAAUGUUUCCCCUGGCCACUUCUUCAAUAAAGCUUAAAAUGGAUCCUGAGUCGAUUGUUUUAAAGCCUUUGCUCACAGAUGCAUGUGUCAUGUGUGCAUGCAUAUAGCAUGUGUGCCUGUGUGAACAUGUAGCAUAUAG